GCCCCCCGCCGCCCGGGCUCGGCCCCGGCCGGAGCCCCGGCCCCGGCCCCGGCGCCGGCCCCGCGGGACGCUGUGAGCCGCGAGAGGCCCCGGAGCCGCGCGUCGCCGAGCCGAGCGGACCGAGAGCCCCAUGGCUGCUCCGCGCGCCGCGUCCCCGCGCCGCCGGCCCCGGCUCCUGCUGCCGCUGCUGCUGCCGCUGCUGCCGCUGCUGCUGCCCGCGCCGAGCGACGGUCUUGGCCACUCUGCUGAACUGGCAUUUGCUGUGGAGCCGAGUGAUGAUGUUGCAGUUCCCGGGCAGCCUGUAAUGCUGGGCUGCAGGGUGGAGGGCACCCCUCCAGUGCGAAUCUCCUGGAGGAAGAAUGGGGUGGAGCUGCCAGAGAGUACCCACUCCACCCUGCUGGCCAAUGGGUCUUUGAUGAUCCAUCACUUCCGGCUGGAUCCGGGAGGCAGCCUUUCAGACGAGGGUGACUAUGAGUGUGUGGCUCAGAACCGCUUUGGGCUGGUGGUCAGCCGGAAGGCUCGCAUCCAGGCUGCAACCAUGUCGGACUUCCAUGUGCAUCCCCAGGCUGCUGUGGGCGAGGAGGGUGGUGUGGCCCGUUUCCAGUGCCAAAUCCAUGGGCUUCCCAAACCCCUGAUCACAUGGGAAAAGAACAGAGUCCCCAUUGACACCGACAAUGAGAGGUACACGUUGCUGCCCAAGGGCGUCCUGCAGAUCACAGGACUUCGGGCUGAGGACAGCGGCGUCUUCUACUGUGUGGCCUCGAAUAUUGCCAGUGUCCGGGUCAGCCACGGGGCCAGGCUCACCGUGUCGGGCUCGGGCUCCGGGGCCUACAAGGAGCCGACGAUCCUCGUGGGGCCUGAGAACCUCACCCUGACGGUGCACCAGACCGCUGUGCUGGAGUGUGUCGCCACGGGCAACCCGCGCCCCAUUGUGUCCUGGAGCCGCCUGGAUGGCCGCCCCAUUGGGGUGGAGGGCAUCCAGGUGCUGGGCACGGGGAACCUCAUCAUCUCAGACGUGACCGUCCAGCACUCGGGCGUCUACGUCUGUGCGGCCAACAGGCCCGGCACCCGGGUGAGGAGAACCGCUCAGGGCCGGCUGGUGGUACAAGCCCCAGCAGAGUUUGUCCAGCACCCCCAGUCCAUCUCCAGGCCAGCCGGGACCACAGCCAUGUUCACCUGCCAAGCCCAGGGUGAGCCGCCGCCUCACGUCACGUGGUUGAAGAAUGGACAGGUGCUGGGGCCAGGAGGCCACGUGAGGCUCAAAAAUAACAACAGCACCCUGACCAUUUCUGGAAUCGGCCCUGAAGAUGAGGCCAUCUACCAGUGCGUGGCCGAGAACAGUGCUGGCUCCUCACAGGCCAGUGCCAGGCUGACCGUGCUGUGGGCUGAGGGGCUGCCCGGGCCCCCUCUCAAUGUGCGGGCGGUCUCCGUGUCAUCCACUGAGGUCCGUGUGUCCUGGAACGAGCCCCUGGUCAACACCAAGGAGAUCAUCGGCUAUGUCCUGCACAUCAGGAAGGCCGCCGACCCCCCAGAGCUGGAGUAUCAGGAAGCAGUUAGCAAGAGCACCUUUCAGCACCUGGUGAGCGACCUUGAGCCCUCCACUGCCUACAGCUUCUACAUCAAGGCCUACACACCAAGGGGAGCCAGCUCAGCCUCCACCCCCACGCUGGCCAGCACCCUAGGAGAAGCCCCCGCCCCACCCCCGUUGUCCGUGCGGGUCCUCGGCAGCUCCUCCCUGCAGCUGCUGUGGGAGCCCUGGCCCCGGCUGGCCCAGCACGAGGGUGGCUUCAAGCUGUUUUACCGCCCAGCAAGCAAGGCCUCCUUCACCGGUCCCAUCCUGCUGCCCGGGACCGUCUCCUCCUACAACCUCAGCCGGCUCGACCCCACUGCAGUGUACGAGGUGAAGCUGCUUGCCUACAACCAGCAUGGGGACGGCAACGCCACAGUCCGCUUCGUGUCCUUGAGGGGAGCCUCUGAGAGGACAGCCCUGAGCCCGCCAUGUGACUGCCGCAAGGAGGAAGCCACCAACCAGACAUCCACCACAGGCAUCGUCAUUGGCAUCCACAUCGGGGUCACCUGCAUCAUCUUCUGUGUCCUCUUCCUUCUGUUCGGCCAAAGGGGCAGGGUCCUCUUGUGUAAGGAUGUGGAAAACCAGCUCUCCCCUCCUCAGGGCCCUCGGAGCCAGAGGGACCCUGGCAUCCUGGCACUGAAUGGGGCAGGACGGGCAGAGCGGGGCCGGCUGGGCCGAGACGAGAAGCGUGUGGACGUGAAGGAGCUAGAGCAGUUGUUCCCCCUGGCUGGGGCAGUGGGACAGGCAGACCCCAGACCUAACCCCAGACCCACGCAGGAUCCUGCAGCCCCUGGCCUGUGUGAGGAAACCCAGUUCUCCAUGCUGCCGCUUCAGGGGUUCGGCCUCCUGGAGGAGAUGACGUCAGAGGCCAAGGCUCCCUGUGCGGGCUCUGCGGCUGUCCCGCUACCCCAGGAUGCAGGCCCCGGCCUCCCUAGUGAUGGACAGGUUGCCUGGCCUUCCAUGGCACCAGUUGCCCAGCCAGCUCUCUCUGGACAGUAGACAGUGUCUGGCAGGCUCCAGUGGGGGGCAACCCCCCAUUCUCAGGUCAAAGGCAAGAUUUCUCCUGUCACGUGGGAUUUGGAUGGGGGCUUCCCAGCAUUUCUGUCCUGACUGCCCCUCAGGUUGUCAAGACCUAAAGUAGUCUCAGCGGGAACCCCCCCAAGGACCUGGAGGGGACGCUGCAGGAGUCCCUGCUUUGGGCUAAUGCCCCCUCACCUCUGCCUGGCACCCACGUGACUCGGAACUGAACUAAUGUUUCCCUUCAAAAAAGAGAGAGAGAGAAGAGAGAGAAAGGUGAAUUAGACUCCAAAAAUACGCCCCUGCUGUAGCCGGGCCCUGACAUGGUCAUUCUCCGCCGACCUUGUUUUCUCAGGAUGGAUUGCUGCUGUUUUGGCUCUCAGCACCUACCUCAGCCGGAAUGAAUGUCCUUAGGGGCGGGGCCGAGGCCUCAGUCCCCCACCCCUGC